CUACAACGAACCGCGUGAAAACCGAAAACUGCACAAAAUGUUGUUAAAUUUUUCCCCUUUUUUUCAAAAACUACGCUUCAAAAUUACAAGGAUAUAACUCAGUAGUAUUUAUUACAGGUUAUUCUAGAGGAAAUGGCUAAAUCAAUGACGAUCAAGUGUAUAUAACAGAAGUACUUAGCUUACAAUGGGCGCUAAGUGUUGUUGUCAACAAUCCAGUUCAAAAAGAUUCAAAGAGUUUGAAGUAUUGGAAUGAAGAUAUUUGAAGCUAGAAUGCGAAGAAGAGCAAGCUAAAUGAAAGAUAAAGUGUUAGAGGAGUCUUCGGACAGCGAUAAUGGAACAAAUGGGAAGAUAAAGGCGGUCAAAUCGCCUCCUAGACGAUUGAAAUCUGUUGACAUUACAGAUUAUAAAGUGUUUGAAGAAGAAAAGCGCACCACCCAACUGGUAUACAGCUACAAAGGAGGAAAAAGGGUACCCAAGUUAAGGGAACCUCGUAAUUUGUUUGCAUUUAAUGAAGAAAAGGGCCUUCAACCUCCAAGAUGGCCAUCAGAGAUGAGAGUCAUAAGCACGAGACCAAGGUUUAUUGAUUAUGCACCCAAAAACCCUGAACCAUUUUGGAAACAAGACAAAGUGGACGUUGGUAUCACUCUAAGGAAGACAGCAGAUGAAGCGGGAGAGUUAGUAUAUGAUAAUCCACAACCAGCAGAUAAGUAUUUUACAAAGUCCAAAGUUGGGGGUCGUACAGUAUCCAGUGAUCCAUUCUAUAAGCUCCAGUCUCCUGAGGAUGACACACUGCUGUUUGAGUCAAAGUUUGAAAGUGGAAACCUGAAGAGGGCCAUCAAAGUGGGUAAAUAUGAGUAUCUGCUAUGGAUGAAGACAGAUCUGUACACCAUCAAGCACACACAGUGGUUUUUCUUCAGGAUACGCAACACACAACCUGGUGUUACGUAUCAAUUCACUAUUAUAAACUUUAUCAAGUCCAACAGCUUGUACAAUGAUGGCAUGCAGCCUCUGUUUUACUCAGAGAUGGACGCCUACAAGAAUAAAAUUGGUUGGGUUAGAAAAGGUGAAAAUGUCAAAUACUACAAGAAUGAAAUGAGGCGUGAACAUACAACCAAGGAUCGUUAUCACUAUUCUCUGACUUGGACUUUCCAGAGCAAAUAUGACAAAGACACUUGUUACUUUGCACAUUGCUACCCAUACACAUAUUCAGAUCUGCAGGAAUAUCUUAUAGGAAUAAGGAAUGACCCAGUCAAGACACGCCUUUGUAAGCAGCGAGUCCUGUGCCGCACUCUAGCUGGAAACUUUGUUUAUAUUCUGACAAUCACAAACCCUUCGAGACGUCCUGCUGAUGCUGAGAGCAAAAAAGCAGUCAUCAUCACUGCCCGUGUCCAUCCUGGAGAGACAAACUCCAGUUGGAUGAUGAAAGGGCUGCUGGACUUUCUAACCAGCAAUAAUCCAGAUGCUAAGCUUCUACGAGAUACUUUUAUCUUCAAGAUUAUACCAAUGAUCAACCCAGAUGGUGUAAUAAUAGGCAACUAUCGCUGCUCCCUGACAGGACGAGACCUGAACAGGAAUUAUAAGACUGUCUUGAAAGAUUCUUUUCCACCUAUAUGGCACGUCAGGACAAUGACCAAAAAAUUACUGGAAGAACGUGAUAUCGUAUUGUACUGUGAUUUACAUGGCCACAGUAGGAAACAAAAUGUGUUUAUUUAUGGCUGUGACAACAAACACAAUCCAUUAAGGAGACUCCGAGAAAGGAUCUUCCCUAUGAUGAUGUCAAAGAAUGCUCCGUGUAAGUUUUCAUUUAAGGGAUGCAAGUUUAAGGUCCAAAAGAGCAAGGAAGGAACUGGUCGGGUUGUAAUGUGGAACUUGGGAAUUAUGAACAGCUUUACUAUGGAGGCCACAUUCUGUGGAUCAUCUCUUGGCAAAAGGAAUGGGUUCCACUUCAGUACUGUUGAUUUAGAAGCCAUGGGUUAUCACUUGUGUGAUACCCUGUUGGAUUACUGUGAUCCUGAUAGUACUAAGUAUGUCACAAUUCUGAGAGAACUGGAGGAGAUGUUUAAGGCUGAGAUGCUUGAGAAGAUGAUAAAGAAAGGCAUGGCUGCGCCAAACAUGACCACAUCAGACAUAGACAUGGACGCUAACUACACCUCAGAUAUGGAAUCAAGCACUGGUGGUUCAGACAGCUCCGUAUCAGAUGGUCUACCCAUGCACCUGAUUUACGCACCCCAUGCCAUCCAGUAUAACCAGAAUCCUAAAAUGAAGAAACUGCGAUCAAGGAAAGAGAGAAACAAGAGACGAGCAAAAGCCAUGAAAAUAAAAGAUGUUCUUCUUACUGACGUGCCCAAACCAGAACCAGAACCAGAGGCAAAGAUGUCCUACAAAAAGCAACCAAGCAACAGCCCUGCUAGACCAAAAGGUGAACAACAACAGCCAAAAGCUGAACAAGGCACACCACAUGGCUCAUCAUCUCCAAUACGUCUGUGUAGAGAACACAGUCUUCAUAACAAAGGGGUAGAAUACCUGGAAGCAGUGACCAACACCUACAUGUUAAGUGGAGUGUUGGUUUCUGAGGUCAAAACUGAAGUGCCCCAUUUUAGGUACACGGCAGGGAGCAACUACUUGAAUGAAGUGCACAGUGUGUCUAGAAAUGAGAGUAUCAGUCGGUGGUCAACACACAGCGCUGAAGCUCAUCCACAAGAAGAAGAAGAAGAAGGGAACUUUACUGUUAGUUUUCUGGCCAAACAACUGGAAAAAAACAAAGAAUGCACAGUUCCGCGGUGCAAGAGUGAUGGACGUGUAGCCUCAGCUGCACUAGAACUAGCUCGUAAGAUCACCACGUGUAACAGUCGUUAUAAAACAGAAUCAUCACCUCAGGUGGUUCCAGAAAACGAUAUCCCGAUCCUUAGGCCUGCCAGUCCUGGUCAGCUCUGGAAUAGCAAUACUUUGUGGAAUCCUUCCUGGAAGCCUCGUGGAAAGUUCUUGUCAAGUACGAAGGCGCUACUUCAUCAACAACCUAGACAAAACUUGUCCAAUACAGACCUGAGAAAUAGUUCUGACAAUCUAAGACCCGUUGUUAAAGCUACCAAAAGCCUUUUGAUGUCUACAUCUGGGACAUGGUCUGAGAAUGACUAUAUACCGGAAGUCGCGAAGAUUAGGCCCAGGAAAUCUGACGAGAAGCAGGUUCUACACCGUGGAAGGCCUG